GUUCGCUUAAUCUUGAGCUUUGUAAACCAAUGGAAUGACUUUGGAGGAAAAGCUCAAUAUGUUCAGUGGGCACGGAAUGCAGGAGCUUAUAUUAGUAAUGACGAUGAUUUCUAUACUCAUCCCUUGCUAAAAAAAUACUACAAGAAUCACAUUGAGAAAGUGAUUACAAGGUUGAAUAGCAUUACUAGAGUUGCUUACAAAGAUGACCCAACAAUCAUGGCAUGGGAACUCAUGAAUGAGCCACGUGACCAAGCUGACUAUUCAGGAAAAACUGUUAAUGCCUGGGUUCAAGAAAUGGCAAGUUUUGUGAAGUCACUAGACAACAAACACUUAUUGGAGGUUGGAAUGGAGGGAUUUUAUGGUGAUUCAAUUCCUGAAAGGAAAUCGGUUAAUCCUGGUUAUCAAGUUGGAACAGAUUAUAUAAGUAACCAUCUUAUCAAUGAGAUUGAUUUUGCCACUAUCCAUGCAUACACUGACCAAUGGUUGUCCGGACAAAGUGACGAUGCACAAUUUGCGUGGAUGGAAAGGUGGAUAACAAACCAUUGGCAAGAUGCAAGAACCAUAUUAAAGAAACCUCUAGUGCUUGCUGAAUUCGGAAAGUCUAGCAGAGGUCAAGGAUCAAGAGACACAUUCAUGAGUAAUGUGUAUAGGAAUGUGUACAAUUUGGCAAAAGAAGGGGGAACCAUGGCAGGAAGCUUAGUAUGGCAACUCAUGGCACAUGGAAUGGAGAAUUAUGAUGAUGGUUAUUGCAUUGUUUUGGGCCAAAAUCCUUCAACUACACAAAUAAUUUCUGACCAAGCUCAUGUCAUGUCGUCGUUGGCUCAAUCUUUCAAUCAACCACAUUGA